AGUGCCCAGGACCAGCUGGUCCAGGAUGUGUCUAGUACGGCCGUCCUCACGCCCCUGGAUGAUGACCUGGUUGGCGAGCCCCAGGAGGUGGACGACCGCGGCAACUGGUCGGGCCGCUUUGACUUCCUCAUGUCGCUCCUGGGCUACUCCGUGGGGCUGGGCAACGUCUGGAGGUUCCCCUACCUGGCCUACAACAACGGCGGUGGUGCCUUUCUCUUCCCCUUCAUCCUGAUGUUUAUCCUGCUUGGCUUCCCCCUCAUGUUCUUUGAACUCGGUUUUGGACAGUUUGCCGCCCUUGGACCGGCUGCCAUCUUUGACAGAAUCUGCCCUAUUCUCAACGGUAUCGGCUAUGGCAUGGUGGCUGUCUCAGCUAUGGUGGCCUUCUACUACACAGUCAUCAUAGCCUGGGCGUUCCUCUACAUGUUCAAGUCCUUCACCUCAGAGCUGCCCUGGGAGCGCUGCCACCCGGACUGGAGCACUGAGAGCUGCUACUCUCACAAGGAUGCCUCAGAAUGCACGGUAGUCAACGGAUCCCUUUACUACAAGCAACGCUGCUACAACGAGACGGAGGUCAACAUCUUCAACAUCUCCAGUCUGGCAUCGAACAAAUCGGACCGUGCAACACCCUCCCAGGACUAUUUCGAGCACGGAAUCUUGAAGAUGUCGGACGGCAUCAACGAUAUCGGCAUGAUCCGCUGGCAGAUUAUGCUGUGUCUGGCCCUCACCUGGACCCUCACUUUUUUGUCUCUCAGCCGUGGAGUCAAGAGCGUCGGCAAAGUGGUGUAUUUCACAGCCCUGUUUCCCUACCUGGUGCUGACCAUCCUGUUCUUCCGAGGUGUCACUCUGGACGGCUCCAAGGACGGCAUCAUCUACUACCUCACUCCGCAGUUUGACAAACUCAUCGAGGCUAAGACAUGGGUAUCUGCUGCUGUCCAGAUUUUCUUUGCGCUGAGCCCGGCAUGGGGAGGUCUGAUCACACUGUCCAGUUACAACAAGUUUCACAACGAUUGCUACAAGUCCUGGUCUGGCCUUCAUUGUGUUCCCGGAUGUGGUGACCCGGCUUCCGCUGCCCCCACUGUGGUCCUUCCUCUUCUUUUUCAUGUUGAUCACGCUGGGCAUGGGAAGUGAGGUGCCGACAGAUUUUUGCAAGACCUUGAAAUGAUGAUUGGUCGCCACAGUCGUGCCUGGCAUCUUUUCUUCACAACCUUCUGGAAGUUCUUGACGCCCGCUACUCUUAUCAAAAUCCGAAGGAUGUUCCACCCCACCAACAAGUGGGGACCGGCACACAAGGUUCCCAAAUUUGAUCUCGACGUAGAAACAGGCAAGGCCAGGACUGUGACCAACCCGGGGUUUGGAACUCCCGAAACAAGAAUAUAACGUGCAGUUUCUGAUAUCUGUUCUCCACAUACGUACUGGUCUUUGUGUUAGCUAUAGCUACUGUGUCUAGGUUUUUUCUGCUGCAGUGUCAAGAGUAUAGAGGGGUGUGCAGUGUAAGGAUGGUGAGUUCUGUUACGAAGACAUUGAAUGAACAAAUAAAAUUGAGCUGUUUUUAUUCCAAGUUAAAAACGAUAUUGAAAAAUUUUCUCAUAAUUAUAUAUGGAGCUGAACUAAACUGUCCCGAAGAAUCAAAAUGGGGGAGGGGGAGUGUUUUUUAAAAUGUUAAUAAGAUUAUAAUAAAGAUAAUAAUAAUAAUAAUAAUAAUGAUAAUACUAAUUGUAUUUGCAUUUACAUGACGCAUAUCCCUGCUCCAGAAUAAACUGUGGACUUUACAAUAUAAGAAAUAGAACGGACAUUACUCAUGAAAAUGAGAAAUUACAGGUCUUAUCAGCAAGAGAGAAAUGAUUACUGUUGUUUUGGACAUUUUGCCUAGAGGAGAACUCCUGGUCAAGUAGGACCUCAGUGGUGGAAGUUCCAGAGGACAUUCACUGUUAUCAUGUAAAGGGUGGACAGUGUGGGCCAAUGGGCAGAUAUCGAUGACUGUGGUCUGGCUUGAAAUUCCUCUCAAUUGACCACAGUUGAUCACCCGGCGUUGCUGGAUUACUGCUGCUGCUGCUGCUGCUGAAGUAGGCCCCGGAGGACACUGGUCACUGCUGGUGAUCUUACUCAGGAGUUUCAUGUCCUGUAAUGGCUUGAGGAUUUGACCUUUCCUAACUAUAUGCAGUGCUCAGAUUUUAUUUCUCUCUACUCACCUAUGUAUACUUCAGAGUGUUAAGCAGUUGAUGCUGGAUUUGAAGACAUAUUUUUAUACUCUGUAAUAUGUGGGUGGUAUAAUAUGAUAAGUCAGAAUGUUACUUCAAAGAUUGGUAUGAGGUUUUGUCUCACAGUUUCGUAAAUAUACCUGAAAUAGUUACUGCAUAUCCCCCUUUGCUUUUGAUCUGUAAGAAAAAAAGAGGAUGCGGUUGCUAUUUUUCCAGCUGCUCUUUCUUUGAGUGGUCCAUGCCCUACAGCCCAGAGAAAGAGAAAAGAAAAAUGAGGAAUAGUUGUUGAUCUAAAGUGUUUUAGAUAGUGAAGGAUGAUAGACUUGAGCAUGGAUCUCUGUGAUAGGCUUUCAUCCGCAAGAGGAAAUGUAUUUUGAUCUCUAACUGCACAUCCGUGCAUCUUCUGCUGGCAUUAUACUACACCGCUGUCUCUCAGUUUGUAUAUGUGCACCUGCUCCUGGCAUUGUAUCACCCACAGUCUCUCAGUUUGUAUGUGAGGGUGUGGAACAUGAAUCUCUUUGUACUCAUGCAAGUUUUCUCUAAGACAGCCACAGAAACUUUUGCCCUACAGCACCGCUGUGUAUGUUGUUGUAGUCUCUCUUAUUUAUACACAGAUGGAAUCUCUCUCGUCUUUUGCUUGUUGCCAAAGGUUUUGUGUCAUUUCAUUUUUAAUGACUACCGAGAGUCUUUUUAAAACUUUAAAAUGAUGGAAUCUCGAAUGUCCAACAAAGCACUGGUAUGUUUAUCGGUGCGGAAUAUUUAUAAAGAAUCUCCUCUAUUAUUGUUUCCUGUUACAUUAUUACUCAGCACGCCUGCGAACACUGAUCAGCUGACUUGUGAGGUUCAAGUCUGGAGUUGUUGUUUUUUUUGACUAGUGCCCAAACUUGUGUGAAAAGACAUACUAGUUUAGAGAUUAGGUUGUGUGCGCUGUUGAUUUUGGUUGGUUUGUUUUCUUUGAUUAGUGUAGACUGCUCGAAGGAAGAGAGAAUAAAUCGUUAUUUCCGUUCCUUACACCUGUCUGUUUAUCGCACUGUCUUCUGCAGAUUGGCAUUCUCAGUGUGUGGGGGUCUGUUUUUGUUUCUUUGUGUUGUAUUUUUUUCUGAGAGUUCCAACUGCCCAUGUUUUUGCUCCUGACUAACGAAAAUGACUCUGGAUUUGUUCAAAAGUUCAAGUGGGAUCCAUCCCUAAUAUCAAUAGUGCACAUUUGUGCCUGACAUUCUGUCUAGCAGACAUGUUCUCUUGCGCAAAUAAAGAUUGAUACCUAAAAAUGCACCUCAGCAUUCGUUUUUCUAACUUUCUAAUGGACUGGGUGAGGUGGUGGUUUCAGUAAAUGUGUGUUCCAAUCCAAAAGUGGUUGUGUUUUUUGUUUUGUUUAUGUCACUAUAACAACAAAGAAUCUGAGUGAGAAAAAAAACCAGGAAAUGCCUUGUAAUUGUUCAUCACCUCACGGCGUCGAGCUUUGACAUCUUUACAGCACCUCCAUUUUGUUUCUCAUCUAUCAUGCACUUAUUUCUCCACUAUUUCUGAGCCGCAAAGUGUUGUUCUGUGAGUUGGGUUACUCUGCUUACUUUUAUUUCCUCUGUGCUUUUGCCCUUUUGUUUUCUGUGGUUGUUUAUAUCAAGUCAGGUAUCUUUAUUUUAAAAAAAUUAUAGUGACAAAUUUACUAUUCUUUAGAUCUUGAAGCCCAUCUUGUUGUUAAAGGUCAUCUCUAUCCAAGAAAUACUACGAAUUCUACUUCCGGUGUUAGUAGUUUUCGCACAAUUAUGUUGCAUUUUUUUGCAAGUGAUUUAUGCUGUUCUUUUCAUGACAUGCAAACAGUAAAGAAUGUUGGACGUAUAACAUUAGGGAUUGUUAAAAACUCAUGGUCAACUGAUUAUUUUUCCGAUAAAGGUUUAGGUGUGUGGCCUAGUCACUCGACAUGCAAAAAGUUACUUUUAGGGUAUGAUUUAUUGUGCGAUGUUCUUUGGUUUAUGAAGGAAUUUAUUUUGCCCUGUCAGUGUUGUGUUACAGUGUGGAUAUCGUCGUUAAAUUUCAACAUCACAGGGCAGCUAUAUUAAUUUCAUGAUGGUUAUAGGGGUGUGGUCGUUUUCAGAGUGUGCAUACUCGUUUUCUGAGUGUUGAAGACUGUUCUUUUCUCAUUGUCAUUUAUUCUGACAAUGUCUCUCUCCCAGGUUAUUUUGGGUUGUUGUUUUUUUUAUUUCUGUGUUAACUGAGAUUGCUUUGAAGAUGAAUGAAACUGAAAAGGCAUUUUCCAGAAUGUUUUUAUCAGAAGGGAAGAGAAUUAGUGACCAUUCAAAGGUGAAUGUUGUUUUGAAACUUAUAUAUACAUAUAUGUAUAUAUAUUAUAUGUCUAUAUGUAAUAUGUAUAAAUGGUAUGUGUUUAUGAAUAUUUACCCAUCCAUGUGGUUGAGUCUGUAUCGUUUCGUUGCUUAGAGAUCUCCAGCACACCCAGAGAAUUGUCCUAACUAUACAACACAGAAUUUACCGGUGUCAUUUCAAUCUGGUCCCCUUGUGGACACGAUGCUUUUUGCCCUUGUCUAGAUGUGUCCAUUUGCCUUUUUCUCUUAUAUAUUUAUUCAUUUUGUCUGGUUUUGGUUUUGCCAUCAUUAGUUUAAACUUACUGUGAAGUAGGGAAAGAUUUUGAUAAUGUGCUAUCGAGAACUCCCUGCCUGCAGUUUUUGUUUUACAUUGUUCUCUUGUCCUCCUUUGUCAUGUCAACUAUCUGUCUAGCCCAUCUUUUUAUCUUUAUAAGGAUUGAGUCCAGCCAGUUUGGGCAAGAGCAACAAGUAGAAAGAUACGAUAUAUCAUACAACUGUUCUUAUUGUCUUAGACAUAACCAAGUGUUUGUGUCCUCAGUAUUGGCACACUGAGCCAAAAGACAGUUUCUGCCCUCGGAGGUAGGCUUUUCUCUUUCCUGCCUUUUGUCGUAAUCUGUCUCUUGGCCUUCACGUGACCUUACAGUGCCAAAGAUGGUUUAAAGUCCCAACUGGGUUCCUUGUGUAGAGAUGGUAGGGAUAUAUUGUGCUGCUGACUUGUCUUGAGGUUUUUGUGUAGUUUCUGGCACGGCUUUGUUUCUGUGUUCUCAUUUCUCCCCCUCCUUUGUUUCAUACGACAUUUAUGAUAAGGGGAGUGGGAUAUAUGGGAAGUUUGAUGUAGCCAUGCACCUAUCGCCGUGUUGAAUCAGUGAGAGCCAACAUUGCGGCUCCAGUCUGUUGUUUGGCAGCCAUUGUUGUUUUCCCCCUACAGUGUCCCACGGUUGCUUGCGUUUGCCCGUCAGGAUAGCUGUAUUUAUUGUACGGGUGCUCGUGUUUGUGUGUAGUUUGGCAUUUGUUAAAUAACAGGGGGUCCUACAGAACUUUUGUUUCUUUCAAGAAUGUGUAUGUGUUUAGGAGGGGGGGGGGAGG